AUGGCGCUGCUGGAUGACGUCCUUCAUAAAAUCAGCAGUGAAAUUGAGAAGGAAAUUUUACGAGGUUUGGAAAGUGGUGCGCCAGAAUCCUCCGUUGCCAUGCUUCCCUCGUUCGUGCCGGCAUUACCCGACGGGGACGAGAAAGGUAAAUAUAUAGCAAUCGAUUUGAGCGGUAAAAACUUGCGCAUAAUGUUACUGACGCUAAAGGGAUCUGGCCAGGAGCCCGAGCAGAUCAAUCACAACUACAUUGUUCCUACUGCUGUUAUGAAAGGCACAGGCGACCAGCUUUUCACGUUCAUCGUAAACUGUCUUAUGAAGUUCCUGAAAGAAGUGGAUCUUCUGAAUGCUUCGCUUCCAGUCGGCUUCGUUUUUUCGUACCCAUGCGAACUGCUUUCCAUACGUUCAGCUCGUUUGCUUUGGUGGACCAAAGGUUUUGAUAUAAAGGACUGCCUGCAGAAGGAUGUUGUCAAACUUCUGGAAGAAGCACUCGAAUUGAAUAUGUUAACAAAUGUAAAAAUCAAAGCUGUCAUGAACGAUACCGUGGGACAGUUGGCAGCAGCAACGUACAAGUACGGAAACGCGUGUACUGUUGGCGUCGUUAUUGGAUAUGGGCAAAAGAUCAAGAAGUUCGAUGCUCAGGCUGCUGGAUACAAAUUUGAUAAAAUGGUAGUAGUGACCGAGUGGGAAGAGUUUGGUGCUAAGGGUGAGUUGUCCAGUGUUUUGACGGAGUUCGACCAAGAGAUUGACGAAGCAUCGGUUCACAAAGGCAAACAAAUGAUCGAUAAGCUCACUGGUGCACUGUACCUUGGCGAGUUGGCACGUCGUAUCCUUGCGCAGCUUGCUUUGGAUGGACAUUUAUUCAAUGGAAAAGCAUGUGAAAAACUUGAUGAGGCAGACUCAUUCCCAACGAAAUACAUUUCCGAGAUUCUAAGUGACGAUGAAGGAAGCUGUAAAGUUUGUCGACGGAUAUGUGACGAACUUGACGCGCCCAGUCACUGUGCAACCGACUAUGAAAUCAUCCGUGAAGUGUGCCACGCGGUUUCUCAGCGAUCUGCGGCCAUCGUCGCUGCCGCAAUAUCGGCAUUAUUGCGUCAUCUCAAUCAAACUGACAUCAAAAUUGGAGUUGGCGGUGCUCUGAUACAGUUCCAUCCAACUUAUCACGCAUUACUGGAGAGCAAACUGCACGAUUUGGCCCCUCUCAAUAUCAAGGUAUAACU